AUGGCCCUCACUGACGACGAUCUGCAGCUUGACGCCGAAGAGCUCCAGCUGGAAGAUCUUCCCGAUGGCGCGCUCCCUGUAGGCCCUCCUACUGACGGCGCCCCCGCUCCCAAGAAGCUGUGCACUGAGAAAGGUGGCUCUGCCACCGUCCCUGGUUCAUCCUCCUCGGCAGCCCACGCUAUGAAUACCCCAGCCCUGAUGCCCAACGCGUACGCUCUGCCAUCUGCGCCCCUCGCAACCGCUCCGGCAAGACUUGCGGUGGUGGAUGUUCUCUUCACUGACAUCCCACUCCCCCCGCAGGAUGACCCCUGCUUUCUCCGCAUCCCCGCUGUCAUCAACUUCGAGGAUGACUCCUCCCCGGCUCUGCUCAACAUCUCCUCCCACGUGUGCUCCUUCUGCGGCAAUAAUCACCGCGACGCUAACAACGAGAUUUUCCCCACCAAGCGCGGGCAGCGCUUGACCAACAAGCAGCAACUCUCGUUUGCCCAGCUGCAGCAAGCCAACAGCGUUGCGCGCAACACUUUUAACCCCCCCAGCCCGCCUCUUCUCUUCUUACCCUCCUUUCUCCGAACACCCCAUCUCUCCCUCAUGCCCGCCAACCUCCUUGCUUACGGGCUGCCAGCCUCUCGGCUCAUGGACCGCGCUUGCAGCCCUCCUCUCUCCCCAAACCCACCUCUUCCCUCCCUGUUAUCCUCACCUGAAACCUUGACCCACCUCCCACUCGGGUCUACGCUAGGCUCCAAGCACCCACUCCACAUUUGCAAAGUGCUCUUGCCCCCCACCCUGGCCCUUCCCUCGCUUCCCCUCCUCCCCCGCCAAUUGCUCGGCUCCCGCGCCACGCCUGCAGCCUUCCGCAACGAUCCCGGGCUGCUCUACAUUGGUCUCGACGUGGACGUCGAGCCAUGGACUUGUGCCUUGUGCAACCUGACUUGCGGCGCCGCUCUCGACUCGGCUAUGGCCCACAUCGCUUCCGAGCUGCAAGCCGCUAAGAAGCUCUCAGCCCACCUCCCUGCCGCAAAGGAAAAGUACAUUGGGUGGAAGGUUAUGGCCUUCGUUGCUCUUCCUUAG